AGUACAGUAGUUUUUGUUGUCGUUGUUGUCGUUUCUUUUUUUUUUUUUGCUUGAUAAGAGGAAGGAGAUAAAAUUAAAUGUUCAAAAGACAGUCCAGUAAAACGUCGUAAUGCACAACUUUAUUUCACUUUUCCCACGCAUCUCCAACUUAUUGGACCUAUUUUUUUCCACGCCUCGUUUAUCCCCACCCCUUUUUUUUCAUUCUCUUUUGUUUUUGUUUACAUUCGAGAUGAAUACUGUAUUUUUACGCCUGGCUAAAACCCAUAAUUCCUCUUUACUAUUGAAAAAAGUAUGUAUGUUAUAAGCCCCGAGAAUCCUAUUAUUAUUGACAAAAGCAUACAGUCUGUUCGGUCUUUUCAUUGUUCGUCACAGAAUUUUGGAGAAAUCAAACCCUUUUUGCUGGCCGAUAUUGGAGAAGGCAUAACCGAAUGUGAAAUUGUACAAUGGUUUGUGAAGCCCGGAGAAACAGUUGCUGAAUUUGACAAGAUCUGUGAAGUUCAAUCAGACAAGGCAUCAGUUGAGAUUUCUUCCCGGUAUGCAGGAAAUAUUGUGAAAAUCCAUUACGGUGCCAAUGAUGUUGCUAAAGUGGGGUCAGCAUUAGUGGAUAUAGAGACAGAAGAUGAAGAGGUUCCUAUCACAGUCGGAUCUUCGGCACAUGUAGACACGGUUACUACUAUUAAAUUGCCAAGUUAUAGUUCCGGAUGGAAGACUCCUGCGGUCCGUAGAUUAUUGACCGAGUAUGGAUUGAAUGUAGAUAGUAUAUCUGGAUCCGGAAAAAAUGGGCGCGUAUUAAAAGGUGAUGUCUUGAGUAUGAUCAAGGCUAACUCUUUGACAAAGAAAGCUAAAGAGCAUGUCCCAAAGGUAGAUACUGCACCAAAGUCUAUUAUAAAUAGUAUCAUAAGCGAAGUCGGCGAUACCAAUACCGUUCCCUUAAAUGCUAUACAAAAAGCCAUGUACAAAACAAUGACAAAAUCGCUUUCUAUUCCUCAAUUGGGUUACAAGGAUGAAAUUGAAUUAACAGCUACAUCAGAAUACAGGGACGCCUUAAACUCAUACAUCACCAGUAAAUCGGACAAAUUUGCGUACAAGAAGAUUUCAUAUUUACCCAUUUUUAUCAAGUGUUUAUCUUUAUCACUUUCAUUCCAUCCCAUUUUAAAUGCGCAAGUCAAAGAAGACGGUAAUAAGCCUCAGAUACAUUACCGUGCAUCCCAUAAUAUUGGAAUUGCCAUGGAUACUCCCAAUGGUCUUAUUGUGCCUAAUAUUAAAAAUGUUCAGGAAAAAACAAUUUUUCAAGUGGCAGAAGAGAUUCAUCGAUUGACACAAUUGGCUAAAAAGGGAGCGAUUCCUCUUUCCGAUCUCAAAGGUGGAACCAUUACCCUCUCAAAUAUUGGCUCUAUCGGCGGCACUUAUGCAAACCCAAUUAUUGUCUCCAACGAAUCGGCCAUUGUUGCAUUAGGAUCUGCCAGAAGACUACCUCGUUUGAACGAAUCAGAUACCUUGGUGGCUAAACAAAUUAUGCCUGUAAGCUGGUCUGCUGAUCACCGUGUAAUUGAUGGGGCGACCAUGGCACAAUUUGGCAACACCUGGAAGAGUUUUAUUGAAAACCCUGCUCUUUUAGCAAGUAAACUUCAUUAGAAACUAAACCAUAUCCACCAAUAAAAAACUUUCUAUGUUUAAUGGAAUUAUAGAAUUUUCAAUAGAAGGAGUGCGACAUCUUGUUUCUAUAUGGAUGUUUUCAAAUAUACAUAUAAUAAUUGUUAUGUGCAUUGAGAAAAAAAAAACUAUACAUACGGCUUUAUUCUUUCAUAUUGCGACAAACAAGUUUAUAACAGAGCACUCUUCUAAACAGAAGCUGAAAGUUAUUACAAAUUAUGUCUAUGAGUACACCCACCAAAUUACACAACGUACAAUAAAAAGAUCUAUUUGGAGGGAGUAUGAAUUCUGCUUCAAACCGUCUUGGGCGAUCGACUUAAGAACAAAAUCCGGACAAAGUUUAAGGGUUUGUGUUCUAGUGCAGCUGACAAGCUUUAUUGUUAAC